CCAUUUUGAAUGGAUUAAUAAGCCACGUAAGGAGGGAGGACUUGGAGAAAUGAAAAUUCCUGUUCUUUCUGAUCGAAAUAUGAAAAUUGCUCGUGAUUAUGGAGUUCUUAAAGAGGAUGAGGGGAUUGCCUAUCGUGGAUUGUUCAUCAUUGAUCCAAAAGGAAUUCUUCGCCAAAUUACUAUUAAUGACCUUCCUGUUGGACGUUCUGUUGAUGAGACUCUUCGUCUCGUUCAAGCUUUUCAAUAUACUGACAAGCAUGGAGAAGUUUGUCCAGCUAAUUGGAAGCCAGGAAGUGAUACUAUCAAACCAGAUCCUAACAAAAGUAAAGAAUAUUUUGGGAAACAAUAA